AUGAUGCUUACUUUGGCUGGUUUGUGUAUUAUAAACUUCUUCAUUGCUAUUGUUGAAUCGAAUGUAAGUAUUGGCCAGUUGAGAAAGAGUGGACGAAAGCCGAAACCUAGUGGGUAUGGCAAUCGACCACGUGGAGUUCCGUUUGCACGUGGGCCAUUCUAUGCAACCGGUGAAACAUUUGCAUGUGUGGACAACUCCAAGUCAAUCCCAUUCUCACAUGUUAAUGAUGAUUAUUGCGAUUGUCCUGACGGAAGUGAUGAACCAGGAACGUCUGCAUGUCCAAAUGCGAAAUUUCAUUGUUUAAAUCGAGGUUUUAAGGCUGAAGAUUUACCAUCAAAUCGAGUGAAUGACCAAAUAUGUGAUUGUUGUGAUGGAAGUGAUGAAUGGGAUAGUGCAGUUGACUGUCCUGAUAUCUGCAAUGAAUUAGGAAUGAAGUAUCGAGAAGAAGUACGUCAAAAAACUGAAUUAGUAAAGCAGGGUUUUGUAAAACGAAUGGAAUUGGCUGCAGCAGGUCAGCAACUGAAAACUGAAAAAUCAGAACAGUUGAAGACUCUAAAAAAACAAAUGGAUGAAAUAACGAAACUAAGAACUGAUGCCCAAACAAAAAUGGAUGAGAAAGCCAAUCUGGCAGCGGAAGCAAAAAAGAAACAUGAAAAGGCUUGGGAGGAAGAAAAGGAGAGACUCAAGCAAGAAUAUGUGCAAAUACUGUUCACUGCAUUCGACUCGAAUAAAGAUGGGAAGGUUACUUUGGAAGAAUUGAAAUUGGCGAAAGAAUUUGAUACAAAUGGGGAUGGAGCUGUUUCUGACGACGAAAUAAAGCAUGUUUUACCUGAUGAAAUGAAAGAUUGCGACUUCAAAGUAUUUUUGGAAAAUGUUUAUGACAACAUACGCAGUCUUUUUGAAAAACCAAGCGAAGUUGAGACAGAAGAUGAAAACAAACCGCAGUCUGCCUUACCCGUACCAAUAGAAUUUGACUCUGAAUUGCCAGAAAAUAAUGGAACUGAUACACCACGAGAAAUCAAACCAAAUGAAAGUGGAAGUAUUGGCUUGGAAAUUCCUCGAAUCCCAAAUAUUGAUUUAAAGCAACCACCUUUCGACGAAGAAACACAAACAAUAGUGAAAGAAGCGGAGGAUGCAAAGAAGGAGUAUGAAAGUAUUGAUAAACGCUAUACGGAUCUCGAGUUGUCGAUCAAAGAUUCUGAACGGUAUGAAGGUGAUGAUUUUGGGACCGAUAUGGCUUGGGCUUCGCUGAAAGGAAAAUGCUUUGAAAUGAGUGAAAACGAAUAUAUUUAUAAGUUGUGCUUAUUUGAUAAAGCUGUGCAGAAGGGUAAAAAUAGCGCUAUCGAUACCGACUUAGGUAAAUGGAGUGGAUGGAUUGGAUCCGAACCAAAUAAAUAUACAUUACAAAGCUACCAGAAUGGCACACCGUGCUGGAAUGGACCAGAUCGAUCCACAAAGGUAGUCGUUGAAUGUGGAGAGGAGACAUUAUUGGUGGAAGCAUCAGAACCAAGCAAAUGUGAAUAUCUUUUUACUUUGCGUUCCCCUGCUGCAUGUCCAGAUCCUGCAACUAUCACUGACCAACAUGAAGAACUUUAG